AUGCUACUACUUCAAGUGCCAGUGAAACCAACCCCACAUUGCAACUUAAUCAAGAAGAAGCCCUUGCCGCAAUAUUGUUCCAGAAACUUAUCGUCUCUAGCCACCAAUGCCAAUCCAAACUAUGAUAAGAAGAUCACAGUGACCACCAGAACAAACCCUAGUAAAAGAUUCAAGAAAUUUUAUUGCCAACCUGUUUGUUUUCAACAUGGGGGUUAUGCUUCAUCAUCAAAACCAGAGAAUGACGGUGAUCAUUUUCUGACUGGCCUUUGUAAACAAUGGGAUGCAUUUCAUCGCUUUUGUCGUCCUCACACUGUAAUUGGCACUGUUAUAGGAAUCUCAUCGGUCUCUCUUCUUCCAUUAGAAAAUGUUACUGACCUGUCCUCUGCAUUUUUUAUAGGACUAUUGAAGGCAUUGGUGCCAUCGAUCCUGAUGAACAUCUAUGUGGUGGGAUUGAAUCAAUUGUUUGAUAUUGAAAUCGACAAGGUUAACAAACCUGAGCUCCCUCUUGCUUCUGGUGAAUUCUCUAUGGGAACUGGGAUCACAAUUGUUUCCACAGUUUUGUUGAUGAGUUUUGCCAUGGGAGUUAUGUUUAAAUCUCCGCCGUUGUUUUGUGCCCUUCUCAUCAGUUUUCUGCUUGGAAGUGUUUAUUCCAUUGAACUUCCUUUGCUGCGGUGGAAGAGACAUGCAUUUCUUGCUGCUACUUGCAUCCUAAUUGUGAGGGCCAUCGUUGUCCAGCUUGCUUUCUAUGUACACAUCCAGAAAUUUGUACUUGGUAGAUCUGUUAAGAUGACAAGAUCCUUGGCAUUUGCGGUGGUUUUCAUGUGCAUCUUCUCCUCUGUUAUUGCGUUAUUCAAGGAUAUACCUGAUGUGGAUGGUGAUAGAUAUUAUGGCAUUCAAUCCUUCAGUGUCAGCCUUGGACAAGAAAAGGUAUAUUGGUUUUGUGUAAAUAUGCUGUUAAUUGCAUACGGGGCUGCCCUGGUGGUAGGAGCUUCUUCUCCCUUCCUACCUAGCAAGCUUUUUACUAUACUAGGCCACACUGCACUCGCUUCCCUUCUUUGGCUCCGAGCUCGAUCUGUCGAUAUAGCCGAUAAAGCCUCUCUAACUUCUUUUUACAUGUUCAUCUGGAAGCUCUUCUACGCCGAGUACUUGCUCAUUCCUUUUGUACGCUGAGUUGAGAAUAUGAA